CCCAUCACUCUAUCAACAGUGGGACGUUUUUACGGGAAGUUCAAUGGCCCUGGGCAAAGUGCAAAGUCUACCCUUCACCAGUACCCACUGAUGAUUACUCCGUAACGACAUUACUGCACCACAUCGCCCGCUCUCAGGAGACUUUCAAACGGCUGCAGAAGGAGACAUUGCAGAGGGAUUUAUUGUUUAUCUAUAUUGUCUUUGGAGAUUUGUGAGUUUGGACGGUUAGGACCAGAGCAUGUUUGUGGCUGUGCUCCUGCUCCUGGUCACUCUGAGUGUCCAGGGAGGAAAUUGCGAGAAGAAAGCAGAGGCACAGAGACCCGGCCAUGUUUCCGUGGUGAUCGUAGGAGCCACAGGGGACCUGGCAAAGAGGUACCUGUGGCAGGGCUUCUUCGAGCAGUACGUUAACCAGGUCAGUGGUGGAAACACUUUCUCCUUCUACGGCGGGGGACUGUCACCUGCCAGCACCGCCACACCGAUCUUCUUUGAGAUCGUCAAGGCCGUGUCCUGUUCAAAGGAAACAUCCCCCGAUCGCUGUGCCGUGCUGAAGGAGCAGUUCCUGCGGCUCGCUGAGUAUCGGCAGCUGAAGACCUUAGAAGACUACCAGGAACUGGCAAAGAACAUUGAGAAAGAGCUUCAACAGGAGGGAAUACCAGAGGCAGGCCGGCUCUUCUACCUCUCUGUACCUGCCUUUGCAUAUGCGGAUAUUGCUGAUAAGAUAAAUAACAGCUGCAGGCCGGCCAGCGGGGCGUGGUUGAGGGUGGUGCUGGAGAAACCUUUCGGGCAUGACUUCAGGAGCGCUCAGCUUCUUGCAUCUCAGCUCGGGAGCUCCCUGAAGGAUGAAGAAAUGUUUAGAAUCGACCAUUACCUGGGGAAGCAGGUGGUUGCAAAGAUUCUUCCAUUCAGAGUGGAGAACAAGAAGUAUCUGGAUCCCAUCUGGAACAAGCACCACAUCGAGAGAGUUGAGAUUGUUUUGAAAGAGACCCUCGAUGUUAAAGGUCGUAUUCCCUUCUAUGACCAGUACGGGGUGAUCAGAGACAUGAUGCAGAACCACCUGACUGAGGUCAUGACCCUGUUGACCAUGAGGCUUCCUGUGAAUAUGAGCAGCACGGAGGAGGUGCUGCAAAACAAGCUGCAGAUCUUCAGUAAUCUGCUGCCGAUAGGCAAGAACCAAGCUGUGACCGGCCAGUACCAAGCGUACAAAACAUCAGUGCAGCAGGAGAUGAAUAAGACCAAAGAUCACGUCAGCCUCACUCCGACAUUUGCAGCUGUGUUGGCACACAUCGAUGAGGCUCAGUAUGAAGGUGUGCCAAUUAUUUUGAUCUCAGGGAAGAUGUUAGAUGAGCGAGUGGGAUACGCACGCAUACUUUUCAAGAACAACGUCUUUUGUCUUCAAAACCACAACAGCGUUCACUGCAAGCCCAAACAGAUAGUUUUCCACUUUGGUCACGGCCAACUUAAAUAUCCAGCCAUUCUUGUGAGUAAGAAUUUAUUCAAGCCCGUUUUAAAGGAAGGUCAGUGGAAGGAAGUGACUGAGCAUACAGAUGUCGAUGUUCUAGGUUUACCUAUUUCAGACUAUUAUGUGCAGACCCCAUCAGAGAAUCGAGAAGCUUAUUCAGAACUUAUUUCUCAAAUUUUUGCCGGAAGUAAGAACAGUUUCAUUAGUGCUGAAAACCUGCUUGCCUCCUGGGGCUUAUGGACGCCCCUGCUUAGCAGUCUAGCAGGCUCUUUCCCCCGCAUCUACCCCGGGGGGGCCGACAACGGAGACAUGCUGGACUUGCGUAUGAAAGGGAAAGACAUUAGCUACAGCAGUGAGGUGGUGAUAAUCGGUGCUGAUCAGAUGAGCGGCACGUCAGCAAAAGAUUUCCAAGUGAUGCAAGGCAAGUUCCGCAGUGCUGCCAUGGUGUCGGCCUGGUCCGAGGAGCUGGUGGAGAGGCUGGCCGCAGACAUCCAGGCAUCAGCGGAGGCAGCGGUGCGUGAAGGCGGCGUUUUCCAUCUCGCCCUCUCCGGUGGCUCCUCUCCUCUCGCUCUGUUCCACAGGCUGGUCCUGCACCACUUCUCCUUCCCCUGGAGGGACACCCAUGUGUGGAUGGUGGACGAGCGCUGCGUACCUCCCACUGAACUGGAGUCCAACUUCCACAGCCUGCAUGACCAUCUGCUGCAGCAUGUGAGGAUCCCUUAUUUCAACAUCCACCCCAUGCCAGUGCAGCUCAACCAGCGCCUGUGUGUGGAGGAGGACGCAGGAGCGCUGCUGUACGAGAAAGAGGUCAGAAAGCUAGUCAAUGGCUCCAGCUUCCACUUUGUGCUGCUGGGGGUGGGCUACGACGGCCACACUGCCUCUCUGUUCCCGAACAGUAAGGUGUCUGAGCUCGGGGACCGUCUGGCGGCCCUCACUGAGAGCCCCGUCAAGCCUCACCAGCGCAUGAGCCUCACUUUCAGCGCCAUUAACCAGGCGCGCACAGUGGCUCUGUUGGUGAUGGGCAAAGGCAAGCACGAGCUGAUCACCCAGCUGAGCAGGAUGAAGGACAAUCCCGACAAGUGGCCCGUCACCGGGGUGAAGCCUGACGAUGGAAAACUGGUCUGGUAUAUUGACUAUGAUGCACUUUUAGGAUAAGAAUCACAUUCCUACCUUUCAAUCCGAAUAAAAAUGAUUGAGCUGCUUAAAUUGGACGGCUGAUUGGUGAAAGCAAAUAUGAGCCAGCACUUAAAGGACCGGUAGUUCUACAUGUUUUAACUCAUUAACCAGAAAUAAUCACAUGUACUUGAUGGUUACACUUUCUAUGAUGUUUUUUAAAAUAUACCUGUAAUUCCUUAUCGGCUUAAUGCACUGCAUACUCAUAGUUAUUAGCACCAAUAAAUAGAUAUAAUGCUUUAUAAAAAAUGAUUAAAACGCAUACUUUAUUAUUGCUUUAGACUCAAUGACAUGUUUGUUUUGCAAGGAUCAUAGUGUACUAUAGUUCCUAUUGUUGUAAUACAUUAUAAUAGUUUUGUUAGGCUAUAUAAUGUAUUAUAAUCAUAAACUUAUACGGUAUAAUUAUCAGCAAAACAUUAUAAUUAUGUUUUAUAAUAUUAUUUUUAUCGACAUGGAUGUGCUUAAAGAUGUCCGUAAUGGAACAGCAAUUAUAAAGUAUUAUGAUACUUGAAAAUCAAUAUAAAGAACUUUAUAAUGUGGUUUAUUUGCUGAAUAGAGCCUUAUAAAUACGUAUAUAUAUAUAUAUAUA